CUAUAUCGCCGCCAUAAAGUUCAAUUAACAAAGCCGCCGGAAAAGCCAAGUUCGCUUUUUUCUCAAUUUCUUCUGUUGUAUACAGAGUUGUUGUCUCCGUCAAGAUUCCAUUAUAUAUUUAAACUGCUAUCUGUUUCAAUUAUUAUUGCGUAUGUGUGUAUGUAUUUGAAUUGAUCGCUUAGACACAGAAUUGGGGUUCUCGAGCACAGAUUAAAAAAAAAUGAAGGGAAUUUCAUCAAGAUUCCAAAUGGACAGGCCGUUCUUGAUUGCUUCUCCGUAUGAGGAAGAAAAGAUCCGCAGGAGUCAAGAGUGUACCCAAGAGGGUAUUCGUGCAGGCGCCAAGGCUGCUGCAAUUGCAUGUGUUUCCAGCGCUGUUCCAACAUUGGUUGCUGUCAGAACGAUUCCUUGGGCGAAGGCAAACCUCAACUACACUGCUCAGGCACUUAUUAUAUCUGCCGCUUCCAUUGCUGCAUACUUCAUCACUGCUGACAAAACAAUCCUGGAAUGUGCGAGGAGGAACACCCAUUACGACAAACCAACCUAAGAUUUUCGAAGGCAAUGACAUGGUCGGGAGCACGUCUUGUAUCAGAGGAAAGAUGAUCAAGAUCAACUGUUCUUAUCCUUUGUGUACCUUCAAAUAAUGUAUCAUGUUUUUUGUGUUGAGCCCAAGUGGUGUCAUACUAUAGACUUCUGUAACUGAUUUGAGUAUGAAGGGAGUCUGAUUUUUUUAAUUAUAUAUAUCAAUACAAGUGUUGAAACUUUUGGAA